AAAAACCUCCAAGUCAACCCCGCCCCCAAAACAUGUUCCGCCCGAUGCGGUGACGUCACGCGCUCCGCUGCUCAGUGCGACGUGUCCCUCGGCCGGCGGCAAUCAUGGAUCAGGUAAUGCAAUUUGUGGAACCCAGCCGUCAGUUUGUAAAAGAUUCCAUACGACUUGUUAAGAGAUGCACCAAGCCUGACAGGAAAGAGUUCCAGAAGAUUGCCAUGGCAACAGCAAUAGGCUUUGCAAUAAUGGGAUUUAUUGGUUUCUUUGUCAAAUUGAUCCAUAUCCCAAUCAACAAUAUAAUUGUAGGUGGCUGAAUAUUCAUCAUGAAGAAGACAGUUGUGACACCUGCUGCAAUGAUUUCACAGCUUUAAUUUGUUUGAUAUUAAACAAGCUCAGUUUGCGUUUUCAAA